AUGCCGAAAAGCAGCUUGGAGGUCGACAGGAGAAUCAGCAACCCGCUUUGCAGUGAUUCUUCAGAUGACAAAGAUGAAGAUAUUGAAAGAACCAUUAGUCUCAUCAUUGGUAAAUGCAAGGACAUUUGUGCCGAUAGUAAAAAGAAAGCCCUCGGGAAGAAAUCGAUCUCGUUUCUGCUGAAAAAGUUGUUUGUUUGUGGARAUGGCUUCACUCCUGUACCACCACCGCCACCACCAAGUUUGAGAGAAACUCUACAAGAGUCGAGAAUGGAAAAGCUUUUGAGGACCAUUCUCCUAAAGAAGAUCUCCCCACAAAAUUCCUCUCGAUCAUCAUCACUUAAGAGAUACAUCGAGGACAAACACUCGGCAAAAAACCGAAACCAUGGAGAAGAAGAGCACAAAAAUGCUAAAGAUGGAUCCAAAUGGGUCAAGACUGAUUCCGAGUAUAUUGUUCUCGAGAUAUAA